AUGUCCGUCCACCUAACCUUCGCCGAACGCCUCACAAACCGCUUCGCCAUCCUCAGCACCUACCGCGCCCUCCUGCGCGCCACAAAGAUAGCCUUCGCCUCCGACCAAGCCACCCUGCGCGCCUCCCGCGACUUCGCACGCUCCCAAUUCCGCGAAAAGAGAACCCUCAAAGAAGGCGGUCUCGAAGCCGGCCAAGCCGUCGAGCACGCGCAAGGCGUCACCCGAAUCUUGCGGGAGAAUGUGGUGCAAGGGAGGAACGUGGGCGGGGAGAAGUAUAAAUUGAAUAUCCACGAGCAUACGCAGAGGUUGGACAAUGAUGAGGCUGGAAGGCUAAAGGGGACGAAGAAGAGUUUCAAGGAGAUUAAGGAUUCGAUUUUUUGA